AAACGAACCAAAAUAGGCUUUUCUGCACAGUUCAAAAAAGAUGAAAAUUGUACUGUUCUUAGCAGGCGUCGUUUUGGCAUGCCAAUCAGCGUCAGCGAAUUUGUUCCUCACGGCACUUGAAAAUUAUGAAACGUAUGCGGCACCUUACAGGGAUGUAUGCAUUCGAGAAUCCGGUGUUGAGGCUAGCGCGGUAGAUGCGCUUUUUAAAACGGGCGAUCUUCAAGAAACUGAAGAAAUGGGAUUGUUUAUUAGCUGCCUUAUGCUCAACUUGGGUGUUUUGUAUCCUAACGGCCAACUAAACGAACAAAACCUAAUGAAGUAUAUUGGUGUUCAGAACCCUGUACUUGCAGAUUUAGUGUUCAACACUUGCAAAAAUACUGCAAUGGCCAAUAGUGUGAGUAAAACGGCUCUAAAGGUAGCUGAGUGCCUACUGUUCACAAUAUAUUCACAAGAACAACAUUAUGCGUGAACUAUUGCACUUGUUGUUAGUUUGUACUUGGAAAAUAAAUGCAUA